UCUCCUUUCAACUUGGUAUCAGCGACCAGUUCCUCGCUCCCGCUCCGUCCUGCGCCAUGGCCGUCGAGCACGGAUCCUCCUCCUCCGCCGCCACCAGCUCUGCCUCCUCGCCGAGCUCCCUCUCCUCCGCCUCUUCCGCAGCCACGUCCGGCGGCACCAUGGCCUCUACCUCACCGGCCUUCGUGUUCGGCACCACUUCGGCCCACACCACCGGCUCCUCUGCUCCCUCUGCGUCCCAGUUCGCCCCCCUUUUCUCCUCCCAACCAUCCCCACCACCACCACCGGCGCCCCCUGCUCGCCAUCCCAUGUUCAACGAUCAUGUGUCCAACCACAUCAAAUUCCUCCUCGACCCCGACGAACACAACUUUCACAAAUGGAAGUCCUUCUUCCUCAUGGUCCUCGUCCGCCAUGGCCUCUCCUACCUCAUCGAGCACCCUCCUCCCCCAAACGCCGAUUCCCAGUACCUUGAGCUCGACACCCAUGUCGCUCUGGGGGUGUAUGCCACCCUUGCGGACUCCCUCAUCGACCACGUCAUCGGCGCCACCACUACCUACGAUCUCUGGACCCGGAUCAACGCCUACUUCCUCGCCAACCGCGCUGCUCGGUACAUGACGCUCAACAGGCAGUACCGGAAUCUCAAGCAGGGAGAUCUCUCGGUCGCCGAGUACGCGCGGCGCAUGAAGCAGCUCACCGCCGGCCUCGCCGACAUCGACCACGCCGUCACCGAGGUCGACCUCACCUCCCAGUUCCUCCAUGGCCUUGAUGGGCGCCUUGACACCAUUCGGCUCGUCCUGGGCGACACUGUUCCCCUGCCACCGUUCGAGACCGUCUUCUCGCGCGUCAAACUCGCCGAGGAGAACCUCGCCCAACGCGCUUCCGAGGUCAGCGCCACGGUGCUCGCCGUCCAUGGAUCUGGCGCGCCUCCCAGUGGCUCCUCCGCCACUUCCGGCUCCCCUGGCGCCGGCGGUUCCGCUCCUCGCUCGGGUGAUCGCGGGACCGAUCGCUCUCAGGAUCGUGGGCGCGGCUCCUCCUCUCGCCAGCAUGAUCACGGUGACCGCGGCCGUGGGCGCGGCCGUGGGCGUGGGCGCGGUCGCGGUGACCAGGGCGGCCGGGGCUCUGCAUCGACCUUCAACCCCUACAUGGGCUUCUUCGCCCCCUACGGCAUGGCCUUGCCCUCGCCACGCUCCGGCUGGAUCCCGCCCAACGCUGCUGGUGUCCUCGGACCACGCCCGGAUGUCCACGCCAACGCGUACUCCAUGCAGUUCCCGCCCUACUCCGCGCCACCUCCGCUCCAGGCGCCGUCUUGGGAUCAUCUCGCCAUGCUCCAGGCGGCCUACAGCUCUCAAGGCUUCCCCAACAACGGCAACGGCCCCGCCGAGUGGUACCUCGACAGCGGUGCUUCCUCCCACGUCACCGGCAACCCUGGAUCUUCGCACCAGGAGGGUCCUCAUGAUCUCCGCUAGCUCCGGCGAUCUCUAUCCAUUCUUCGGCAAUAACAAGACUUGGCCCGCUGCUCUCCUCGCCACGACCUCCUCCUCCGACAUGUGGCAUCGUCGGCUCGGCCAUCCGAGUCCCCAAACAAUUGCUUCCUUAGCUGCAAAGGAUUUUCUUCCUUCAUGUAAUAAUGUGGUGCACACUCCUUGUAACGCGUGUCAGCUAGGCCGACAACCGCGUCUUCCAUUUUCUUCUUCUAGUAGCCGCACCUCUGCUCCUUUUGAGCUUGUUCAUUGUGACUUGUGGACGUCACCAGUUGUAAGCUUCUCAGGCUGCCAAUAUUAUUUAGUUGUGCUCGAUGAUUACA